UGGGCAACCGGCCAGCGUUGCGCUCUGUGUCGGCUACAGGGCUUCCUCCCUUCGGGCACCCGGACUCUAAGGCUCGGGGUCUCGGCCGCGCUUGCAGCCUUCUGGACUUUUUAAUGGGCUCCUAGGGGUGCCAUUUAUUCCGUCGUCCUUUGGUCUUGUAAACACCGAGCGCCUACUCUUCCGACCGGGCACUGGGUCCUGGAUGAACCUGACAGCUCGCCUUCGGUCAUCACUUAGCAUUCCGGGUCUUUUUCGAGAAUCCCUUCUGUGGUGUAGAGCCAUUGAAUUGAUUCCAUGUGAAAAAGCUCAUCAGAUGCUGGGUACAGAGAAGCACUAGAUCAAAUGAUGCUGUUUGGAAAAAUUUCCCAACAGUUGUUUGGCUUAAAGAAACUUCAGUGGUCCCGUGACUCCAGGUACUUCUGGGAAUGGCUGAACACCGUGUUCAAUAAAGUGGAUUAUGAACGCAUCAGGGAUGUUGGCCCUGACAGGGCUGCAUCCGAGUGGUUACUGCGCUGUGGGGCUAUGGUGCGUUACCAUGGCCAGGAGAAGUGGCAGAAGGAUUACAACCACCUCCCAACAGGCCCUCUGAACAAAUACAAGAUUCAAGCGAUUGAUGCCACUGACUCUUGUAUCAUGAACAUUGGAUUUGAUUACAUGGUGGGCCUAGAGCAUGUUGAAAAAAUAAAGUUCUGCAAGUGUCAUUAUAUUGAAGAUAAUUGUUUGCAGAAGCUUAGUCAACUUGAAAACUUACAGAAAAGCCUAUUGGAAAUGGAAAUCAUUGCCUGUGGGAAUAUCACAGACAAGGGCAUCUUCGCUUUGCUUCAUUUCAGAAACCUCAAGUAUUUGUUUUUAAGUGAUCUUCCUGGAAUAAAAGACAAAGACCAUAUUGCCAACGCCUUUAAGACUGCACUGCCUUCUUUAGAAAUAAAGUUAAACUUGGAAUAAAAUAAUAAGCAUCUUAUUUAACUGUAACAAAUCAUCUGAAAUUGUUGGUCCUAAAUUGCAGCAGAUACUCAAUAAUCAACAUAAUAUGAUGGUUAGAUGUGGAGAGUCUAUCAUACAUAGAAAAUAGACAUUCAGAUGUGACUCAGUAAAAUUACUAUCAGAAGUAAGAAAAUAUGUAUAUUUAAG